UAAUUUACUGCACUACAAAAAUAACUUUGUAAUCGCAUACAUUACAGGAUUUGUAUAGGAUUACAAACUUUAUUUUGCAGGCGACACUUAGUCGCUAGGGUAUCUUUUUAAAAAAUUCAAUUAGUCUCAAUUUUUUUUCCUAAAAAUAAUUUUGCACGCGUCUGGCAAGGUUAAAGAUCCGACGAAAUGUUCCGGCAUACAGGCAUAAUAAUAUUCUUUUUUUUACUCUUUAGAUAAUAUAUAUAAUAUUUAAACUUAUAACCCCAAAUUAUUUAUAUAACACAAUUUAAAAAAAUACAAUUUUAACUACCUAUAAAUAAAACUAAUCUAUAAAAACAAGCCGAUCAAUCCACCCCGCAUCACUCCCGACGCAAAAGUCCCCAUCACGUUCGCUGCGUUUCCGCGUUGAACCGCGAACGUGAUGGGUUAUUCCCACUAGUUACCACCAAGUUGUUACCAGUGGUAACUACUGGGAAUUUGUUUCCCACCUUUUACCACUGGUAACUACUGGAAAAAAAAUCCCACUAGUUACCACCAAGCUGAGCUCCCCCUCAGCCACGCAUCUCUCGGCACGAUUGGUCCACCUUAGUUUGGGGGUUUUUAAAGAGGUUGUCUCCUCUUGGAGUGGAAUAGGAGGAAUGGUGUAAAGGGAGACCUAGGGUUUGCAUUCUGGAUCCCAAUGUACGAAAGAUAGUUCGGCACAUUUCUGAUCCAAACUGCAAACCCAAGGAGAAAGGAAGGUGAGACGGGAAUAUAAGACGGGAGGUGACGUUUUGGAUCAUGGGAUUAGAGUAUUGGAAUUCGAGGGUAAGGAAAGGGAACACCUGGCGGGUGGGAAUGCCACAUCCCUAGGCGUGGCCCACACCAGGCGAGGCCCUCAUACUUGGCUACUAGUGGUCCGGGGUAAGUUGGUAAAUAUAGCGACGCCCGUUCCGACCACUAGCAUUGCCCGGGGGGGGGGACCCACCCACCAAUGGAGCCCUGGGUGGGUUCGACCCUGGUCCGCUGCGGCAGAUACAGGAACGACGGGGACGUGUAUGAUGGACUUGAGGUGUUGGCCAAUAGCUCAGCGUCGCAAGGUAUGCGUACCUACAUCCUCCCCCCCCAAUUUUCAGCUUAAAAUUUAAUUUUCAGCUUGCCUCACUCAAGUACCUACUCUAAAAUGUCUACCAGCUCUCGGACAAAUAUUAUCAUACAUUUUCAUUGAUACGAGUAUAGCUACGUUCAACCGAUAUCAGCGCUGAUCGUCGGUCGAGCACUGUUUCCAGCCGAAACCUGAUCUGAUAAGUUUGUCAACACUUGAAGUUCAAUGAUCUAUCGAAGUUGUACAGACAAGGCAAUGGCCGAUAGGAGCCACUAAUAUAUAUUUGGUGGGACCCGCAUCGUUUUUUUAUAAUCCUUCAUUUAGUUGAUGUUCUUUACCUUUAACUGACGCUGGCAAAGGCCCUAUAGGCUGCUAUUACUCUAAUAUAUUAACGCAAAGGCAAUAAAGAUAAAAGCGUAAAAAUUAAAAUAAAACCAAAUCAUAAUUCGAAAUGUUAAUGAAAUUAAACAGUUUAUUAUGUCCUUUUAUCCGAUUGAACGGUCAAAAAAUGGCUAGCAGUGUUAAACUAUCAACAGCAGCGGUUCCUAAAGAAGACAUUGUCAAAGUCGGAAAUUGGGAUAUAAAUUAUUUAAUAGUGGGCAAUGGCCCACACACCGUUCUUCUGGCUCCCGGCGCGCUGGGCACAAUAUGGACGGAUUUUAAACCUCAAGUCGAAGGCUUCAACCGCGAAAAGUUCACGCUCGUAGCCUGGGACCCGCCCGGCUACGGGAAGAGUAGGGACCCGAUCAGAGAUUUCCCAGUUGAUUUCCAUGAAAAAGAUGCUGAUUAUAUAUAUGAAUUUAUGAAAGUAUUGAAAAUACCCAAGUAUUCUUUGUUGGGCUGGAGUGACGGAGGCAGGGUAAGCAUGAUCCAUGCGGCAAAAUACCCAGAUGCAGUGGAGAAGCUGGUGGUGUGGGCUACCAACUCACACAUCCUGCCCCAUGAGCUUGAACUGUACAGGAAAACCAGAGACAUCAAAACAUGGUCAGAGAAAAUGAGGAAGCCAAUGAUUGAAGCAUAUGGUGAGGAGCUGUUUGCCAAGUACUGGGCGGAAUGGGUUGAUGCCAUGUCAGCCGUCUUCAAAGCGAACAAUGGGGAGAUCUUCUCACAGCUUCUCAAGGAUAUUGUGGCCCCAACCUUCAUACUUUAUGGCGAAAAGGAUCCUAUGGUUGAUAAUAUGCAUGUGUCUCAUUUACAUAGUCAUAUAAAAGGAUCAAGAAUACACUUGUACCCGGACGGCAAGCACAACAUCCAUCUUCGCUACGCAGAAGAUUUCAACCGCCGAGUUCAAGAGUUCUUACUACUACCCGCGUAACGCAUCACUAUCAUUGUGACAGUUGUGACAACGCGUCAGUAAGCGCUACAUUCGGAAUGUAUAGAUCGUGUCAAUUACGAAGACGUGUGUCUUGACUCGUAAUGUCAUGUUAUUAAAGGUUAGAUUUGACAAAUUUGCGCGUCAUUGUGGACGACACGAACUAUAAUAAUACAUUCAGUUAUCCUAUACUUAACGAAAAAUAAAAGCCGUAAAUUGUUAGAAAUACAUGAAAGUUCAUUCGUAAUACUAACUAACCUUAGAAUACAUAUGUGGUCGUAUGUAUCAAAAUACACGCUGUAAAUAUUG